CUCCCCGCGGGAAGCGGAAGCGGCGCUCGGACCGCUGUGAGUUUUGGAGAUCAGCCAUGGGUGUUAGAGGCUUGCAGGGAUUUGUGGCAAGAGUAUGCUCACAUGCGUGCCAAACGGUAGAUCUGAGACAAAUGGCAGAACAGCAUCGCAUUGAUCAUCCUGACUGCCCUCCUGUUAUCGUGGUAGAUGCCAUGAGCUGUGUUAGACACUGGUACACUCCAGAAUCCUGGGUGUGCGGUGGCCAGUGGCGAGAGUACCUUGCUGCUUUAGAGGAUUUUAUCAAUGCUUUUACAGCAGCUGGUAUCAAGUUGGUGUUCUACUUCGACGGGGUGGUAGAAGAGAAAAAGAGAGAUGAGUGGAUCAAACGGAGGAUGAAGAAUACUGAGGAAAUAGCCAGAUUAUUUCAGUUUAUCAAGACUAACAGGAUACAGCCAGGGAGAGAAAUGUUUGUUCUUCCUUCAGCUCUGCCUACUUUUACCCGUUAUGCCCUGAAAUCACUCGGUCAAAAAACAGUCUGCACGUUGCAAGAGGCAGACUUUGAGGUGGCUGCAUAUGGUUUGCAGCACAAAUGUAUAGGAAUUCUGGGGCAAGAUAGUGACUACCUCAUCUAUGACACAUGUCCCUACUUUUCCAUUGAGAACCUGCAUUUGGACAGACUGGUCACUGUUAUGUACUCUCGAGAAGUCCUUUGCCGUGUGCUGGGUAUUAGUUUGGCGCACCUUCCUCUCUUUGCGUGCUUGCUUGGCAAUGAUAUUGUUCCAGAAAGCAUGUUGGAAGGAUUUUGGAACAAAUGUUUAACCAAGAGUUCCCACAGGAGCUGCAGCUACAGCAGAAGAGCAGACAUACUGAUGUCUGUAGCAGAUUACAUCUCAAAAAUUCCAUGCUCUUACAGCAGCCUGAAAAAGUUGGAAGAGAUUCUACCUCUGGGAUCAGACAAGACAUUGCUCUGCAGAGGAGUGAGUUCCUACCUUUUGCCUGGGCAGCAGUCUCCAUGGGUUCCUUACAAUGAAACAAUUUGUCAAAUGUUAUCCCUUCAACAACAAUCACCCCUCUGUCAAGAUAAAGAAAUCUUUCAGUUGGCUAAAGAACAGCAUAUCCAAUCUGAAAAUUAUUCAAUCUUCAAUAUCCUGAGUCAUGGAGAGAUUGACUGCAGCAACUCCUUGGAAGAUGACUUUGAUAGAGAGAUUCCUGGACAGGCACUUAUCUACCGCCCUGCUCGUCAGCAUAUUUAUUCUAUCUUGCUGGAGUCUGGAAAAGGUGGAACCUGUCCUUUGGUUAAAGAGUGGUUUGUCUAUUCUGGAAAUCCUCUCAAGCAGCCAGACCUGAUCCAACCUGUACAACCUUCUGUUACAGGUGGAACACCUAGUUUGAAAACACUGUGGCUUGCCAAGGGGCCUGACGUGGAGAAGCAACGGUAUAGCACAUUUCUGGCAUGCUUUCACCUCCAAGAUGAGAUGGAAGAGCUCCAAGCUCUGGAAGCACCUGUUGCAGGAUUCUGCUGCUUGCUGGCCUAUCUUAUGACAGAGGUCAGUAGCCUCUCUCUGGAGGACUUAAAUGCAUUUCUGGCACUCGUUCUCUGCCUCAAAGGGAAAUCAGCAGCUCAACUGAAAGGCCUGCAGCUGCUACAGGUAGACUCCAGGGCUGUACACCUGGGUGCUGUCCUUGUCCGUGGCCUUACCACGCUGCUCAUGGCCAACAGUGCCUGUGGCUUUCCGUUCAGGAUGGAUGAUCUGAUGCCUUGGGCAGUGUUUGAUGGAAAACUUUUUCAAGAAAAAUACCAGAAGGCACACCAAGGUUGCUCUAUGGAAGAACUUUUGGAAGGCAAUGAGUCUUUGUACACACCCUUCCAGAAUCUGAAAUCUCUCAUUUGCAAGAUUUGCAUGGCAAAGAACAGAACAAUACAGAGCAGACCAAGAAGGAAUCAAUUAGUAGAGGUGCUCAUUGCAUUAGGUUAUUCCGAAGAAGAAGCAAGAAAUUUUAAUCCCAGGCUCCACCAGCCACACAGAAGUCAUGUUGUUUCUCCAUAUCACAACCAGAUGAGGGAGAGACAUCUGCAAUCCCCAGGUAAAAAAUGGGUGCAUGUUUGUGGGUUUGGAAUUGUCCCUACCACCAGUAUAACAGCUCUGUGUCUACCUGCAGUUCAUGUUUAUGUGUGCAGUAACCCUCCAGCAGUCAGCAACAAAACUUGCAUUGAUGCUUUAAGUUUUAGCUUUUAUAUUUUUCAGAUUCUGUGCUGCUUUAGUGUGUAGUUCUGAGCUUCAUCUUAAGGCUUGGUAAGCUCUCUUCACAGAGUAGGUAGACAGAACAAGUCCUUUUCCAGCCAAGGACAAUCCAUACUAGUCUCAGGCCCAGAGCAUGAACAAUGUGGACAGAAGAGAGAAAACAAGAAGGAUGGGACUUCAUAACCUAAAGCUGUAACUGGACAAUUAACUCCAAUAUGCUAAUGGACCAAAACUUAUAAAAAUGUGAGACCUCAUGACCGGUCAUCCAUUUUUGUGACCAUUUUGGGUUCAUCUUGGUUGUAGCCCUGGCUGGGCUCUUGUACUGCCCAAGGUGUAUCCAUUGAGGCCUUUUAAUAAAUACCUACAUCAUUCUUUAACUCUGUCUAGCCUCUGUUCUAGGUCAGUUUUCACAAGGGAUCAGCAUCAGUUACACAGUUUUGUAUUGCCCCUUGCAAAAACCGACUCUGCAGGGUGAGGUGGAGUGUAGCACUGUAAUCUGCAGUCAUCUUCUACUUACAGUGUUCUGGGAAAUAAGCUUUCAUGUGGUAUUUGUAAUUUUCAUGCUUGGUCUCAGCUGAACUGUGUUUAAAAUUGUAACAGUUCUAAAACAAAUUGGCACAGCUGCACAGAAAUGUGUCUGAAGUCUUUAGCUGCAGAUCUUGGUUCAUACUUCAACAAAACCCUCAAGCAUAUGAAUAAAGUUAAACACAUUCUUAAGUGGUUUUCUAGAUCAGGGUCCCUGCUUCCAGGUCACUGCCUAAGUGAUACAAAUGCAAGUUUUGUCUUGCCUUGGCAUUAAUCUUAAAUCAUUCACCAGUCUCACUUCUUGAAAAGAACAGACAUUUCAGUGAAACACCACAGUGGAUAACACUGUUGAGCUGAGUUAAUUCAGUUUUACUUCCUCGUUACUGUGAGUUGAAGCGCAUAUAUGUAGAUUAAAGAAAAUAAGGAAGAGAGGUGUCUAAAAAACAUCAAUUAUUUUAUUAAGUCUGCAGAACCUGAAUUUCUUUUAUAUUUCCAAGUGAGGUUUUCAAAUAAGAUCACUGAUGUGAUUAGGAAAGAUAAAUAAAAAAUAGAUACAGUAAAAUCUUAAAUGUGUUUCAGCUGCCACUGUUGAAUGCUUCAGAGUAAGAUAAUAUCAUUUGAUUCAUAAAUAAUAUUAUUUGAUCCUCUAUGUAAAAUAUAAAGCUAAAAUAUAGAGUAUGUAUGCUGACCAUAUGCAAAACCCAAACUGGUCAUUGUUACCAGUUCUUGACCAUCUGAAGAAACCUGAUAUUCAGGGGUCAGAUAAUCUGUGACCAGCUCCAGAGAUUUUAUGGCUAGGUGUAUUCCACAAAGUAAGUUCCACAGUAACUGUGCUGCUGUGUUAUAAAUGUCUUUCAGUAGCAUUAUUUAAACAUCUUGGCUUCUUCUACACUAUCCCUAUUUCUUACCCUCAGGACACUCUUAAAACAUGAUCCCAUAACUGCAGUUAAAUUGCCUGUGUUAUAAGUGAAACAGGUUUAUUGGAAAAAGACAUCUGUCCUUAUAAAAGAGCCCUUCAAUGUUUUAGAGCUCCUUUUAAAGUGAUCUGCCAACAUGACUCAUUUUGGCAAAAUUCUUCUAUGAAGUUUGCUAAUAUUAGCACAGGUAUUUGGGUUACUUCUCUAUGUAGCUGUUGUCUGUUAUAUGUGUGUCUCAGCAAAGAGAGAGAAAAAAAGAACAGCCAUUUUCUGUUCAUGGUAGCUUAUGUGAUAAAACUCCCUGGUGAUAAUACUGAUAUCUGUCUAUCCCAUCCUCUGUGUAGCUUUCCAUGGCACACUGUUAUGGCUCCUGCUGUUGCAUAUAAUACAUAAAUCAUAGGAUUAAAUACAGUAAAAAGUAAUGGAACAGUAACCAUGGGACCCAUAUCUUCUGUAUCAGGAGUGUAUAUAAUGAUUAGGCAGCCUUUGCUCUCUCUUACCAGUUAAUGUUUAAGAAUUCUGUGACAAUGUCUCAGCUUCAGCAGUGGAGGAAAGAGUGCCUCCACCAAGAAAGCAUCAACCUGAGAAGCAGUGGCAUUUCUCUGGGAGGAUGGCUGGAAUCCCCUCAGGCAGAACAAGAACUGGACUCAGGCAUCCUUCGUUACAUGGCCAGUAGUAGCUGCUGUACCCAGCUGCUGUGCUGUAUUUUGAGUGCAGAGAACUCAGCUGUGGCUUUUUCUGCAUUUUGGGAAGGUUGAAGGGGGGGUUGGUUUGUUCGAUUGUAUUCAUUUAACUUCUCUCCGUAAAUUUCUUGGCUGUGUGUUACAAAUGGAUAAAAGCACAUCUGUGUUACUCAGAGCAGGACAUCUAAGCCUCAGGAAGGUAGAUUUUCCCUUAAUAUUUCUUGUUUGAUAAUUCAUGGAUUUUAGGUUUGUGGCUGCAACACCACACCACAGCCCAUAUACCCUAUUGGUAGACAAACUUCAUUAAUUACAAGUUAAGACCACUAAUACAUUGGUUUUUACAUCACAGUGUUAACUCAAUCUAUAAGAACCUAAAAAUAAACUGAGCAUUAAGAACUAUGGAAACCACUGUUAAUUAUCCAUUUCUUCACAGAAUGUAACUGCAUCAAAAGGGUACAUUCACUUCAGUCUUAGCACACUCUAAAACACAUAACUGCUGAUAAUACAAGCAGCCUCUCAUUUACAAGAUACUGAGUCAAGUCUUCCACACUGGUGUUGCUUUCAAGCAUGCUUCUGAUUAAUAGGAUUUUGGUAGAACUGUAAUGCAGAUGGGACCUGGUGGAACUUCAGUGCUGAGAAAAGAUUUAAUUGACAUUGUGGGUGCUGCUUUGCUAAUACAGCUCUCUAACUAAAGCACUAUGAUGCACAGGCACACUUAAACCAGUAUGAAAAUAUUUGUAAAUAUAACCUAUGUCUGGUUCUAAACAGCAUAUUAUCCUUACCUGAAUUCAUGUAGUCAGAUCUACCAGUCACAGAUGACAUUCACUAUCCCAACCCAUUAACUGGACUAGGCUUAAAAGUUACAGUCACCCAAGAGUUUUAAAAAGAGACACCAUGCACUUUAUCCUCCAGGAUCUCAGAAUACAUGCAUACAUACAUACAUAAUUACACACCAAUUGGACAGGGACAUGUAUUUUUUUAAGACAUGUAUAGUUGUAGCUUUUCUUGCAUGCUAUCUUAAUAAGCCCUUGUUUUUUGCUUUAAUGUUCACUGAAUGAUUUAAUUCCUCUCUUACUCUCUCCAGGUAGAGGAUCAGGACAUCCACAUGGGAGGAGGUAUCACAGUCCUCCUCAGUAAAGAAUUCAUGUCUACAAGUGGCAAAUGGGAUGGUGGAAUAAUUGCCAAUGGGAUCAUUUUUGUUUAUUCAGGCUUUCACCUGUUUUUGUGAACUGUGCAGAGUAACUGCACAGUGUGACUGUGGAGAAAAUCACACAAAGCUGAGGCUGUUCAGCUUGUUAAUCAUUUAUCAUGUAAGGUCUAAGCUUGUUAUGUGACCAGAAUCACCAAAACUUAAGUUACAGCUACCUGAGGCAUAAUAGCAUGCCAGUAUAGCCUCAUUGUUUUGUCCAUUUGACAAGAGAAAGUCUGAAUUGUUUUUGUAACAUUGUGAGAUAUUCCUGAGUGUAAAUUUAAGACUUAAACUAUAACUUUUUGCAUAUUUUUGUAAUAGUUGUUUAUAUUACAAUACUUUCCUCACCAUGAAUAAUGUGUGAUGUCUACGCUGUAUUGUGGUUUAUGUCUUGAUUGUGGAUUAUAUCUGUGUUUUAAGGGUUAUACCAUUGUUUCUGAAACCCUGAAAAGUUCGAAACAUGACAUCACUGCUGUAAGCAUCGUCUGCCAGUGAAACAAUAUGACUUUCUUGUAAAAUGUAACACUUUUUUACAAAGGAAAAAAAUUGCUUUUACAUUUGAUACUUUUAGUUAAGAAACUUUUAAUAAUUUUUUCAACUGAGGAAAGAAUCUAUCAUGCUCUACUUCUAUAUUGAAUAAAUAUAUUUUUCAUACUCUGUAUAUAGCAGCAAUCCAACAAAAAAAAAGAAAUAAGGAUUUCUAGUUUUAUUUAAAGUAUGAGACAGCACCAUUUCACACAACACUUGUGUCUUGAUUUUUGUUUCAGGAAAUACACUGUCAUCAUAGGGGUAUUCCUGCUUCCUUUUUCAAUUGAUUUUCCACUGACUGUAAUUGUACUAUCAUUUUUUUACUAUCAUUUUUAUCCCUCCCCUAAAAACCUUUUGAAAUAAUGUGGUCUGAAUUUUAUUUUAUGGAGACUUCUCUGGUUUCAGGGAUCUCAUGAUGUAUAAUGGUGUAUUUUAAAAGAAUGUGAUUUUUGUGCCAGAAUUUGUUGGUAAUUCCCUCUUCAGGC